UUUCCUCCAGCUACACCUUUUGGGAAGCUGCCCGUUUUGGAAGUUGAUGGGAAAGUUGCCACUCAGACUUCUGCGAUUUGCCGUUACUAUGCUAAAAAAUGCGGCCUCGCUGGGAAAGACGACUGGGAGGAUUUAUUAAUUGACUCGACCGUGGGCACGUUUGAUGAUAUGCGGCUAGCAAUCACAAACUCUCAUUAUGAAACCAACGAAGAAUCUAAAAAGAAAAAGAUCGAAUUAUUGAAUCGAGAAACGAUUCCUUUCUAUAUGGAGCGAUUGGAAAAGCAGAUAAAAGAAAAUGACGGUUAUUUCGUGAACGGAAGGGUAAGUGCUGCUUAAUCUAUGCAUUGAGGUGUUCACCAAAUCUUAAAGUAAGAGUGUCUCGUAAAAUUUGU